AUGGCACCAAUGGUCAAGGAUGCCCCAGCUUGCGCUGCAGCUGACGGCGUGCAAGAUCAGAGUUCAGAACCUCAGCUUGGAUGCAUCGAUGCAUGGCAGGGGGACGCCACUGCAGUUCCGUAUGCCGUGUCAUGCCAGUGGCCCAUGCCGAUGCCAAUGCCAAUGGUGCAGUCGUUGCCAUCCUGGUCCUCACCAGUGUGGCCGCAAAUGCCGCAACUCCCACCGGGGACUUACUUUGUUUCCCCUCAGGGCUCUUACUGCUUGGUGGCGCCCAUCAACGUCAACGUCUCAGCAGCUGGGCUGCUGGAGGCACUUGCCCCAAAAUCUGAUGCAGAGCUUCCUGCAGCAAACUCCACAGGUGACAGCGAAGAGCAGAGAUCCACCAGUGCAGAGGAGCACGAAUCCCCGAGGAUGCCAAUGGAAGAGCCUAUGCACGUGAUGCCGCAGGGUGACCUAGCUCCCUGCGGCAGAUUCAAAGACGAGAUGCAGGAUGAGCUGGAGUUGUCGCCACAGAGCGAGAGUGGCGAAGCAGGUGACGAGACAACUGAUGAGCUUGACUUGGAAGAGUUGGAGAGUGCAUUCCACGAUGAGAUCGCGAUGAUGAAUGGUCGCGAGAUGGGCCAAGAGAUUUUGGCAAUGCUAUGGGAGCGCCCCAGCCGCAACUCCAGAAAGCGCAGCAAAAGGACGCAGUAUGAAGAGAGUGUGAUGAGUGUGGAGACCACGUCAAGAUCGUCAAGGUCUGCGAAGCAACGGCUUUGCUGUAACUUCAUUCUGCGAAUGGGAAGCGAUUACGUACCCACGAUCAUCGGCAAGGGCGGCAUCAACACCAGGUCGAUUCACGAAGAAACUGGUUGCAAAGUGCGAGUGCGUGGCAGAGGCUCCGGGCACAAGGAGCAGCACAGCAACCAGGAAGCACCCACGAACCUCAUGCUGGCUGUGACCUCUGAGGCUUCGAACAAGGAAGGCUUCAUAAGCGCUGUCUAUCUGGGCAUUCGCCUCCUGUGGGCUGUAGACAAGCGGUUUCAGUACGACUGCAAAAUGUGGGGGAUCCACUCGUCUUCCCCCGCCUUCUACAUCAGCAUGGAGGACAAAGACUUGAAGGCAGAGCUCGCGGAGGUCCUUGGGAGAGACUUCACUGAGCUUCCAGACACUGAUGAGAUCGGCGAAAGACGCGGCUGA